UAGUAGCGCGAGAACGUUGGUUCAAUCAAUAAUCAUUUUCAAGAUGGCUGCCCAAACAACAGCCUCAAAAUUUAACGAAAUAUACGAUCUUAAAGAAGAACUUGGAAAGGGUGCAUUUUCCAUUGUGAGAAGAUGUGUACAAAAAGCUUCAGGAUUAGAAUUUGCAGCCAAAAUUAUCAAUACCAAAAAGCUAUCAGCUAGAGAUCACCAGAAGCUAGAAAGAGAAGCCAGAAUCUGCCGUCUUCUCAAACAUCCAAAUAUUGGUAAGUAUAAAAAAUCUAUGCAGAAACUUGUUGUAUGUUGGAUCACAAAAAGCCAUGAAAUCUGUUUCACAGGCUGGAUUUCAUGAUAUGAAUGCAUCAAU